AUGACAUCGAGACCGGCGCCCUCGAAGCGCUCAUCGGCCGCCGCGCCUCCGUCCGAACCCAAGCCGCCGUUGAAGAUCCACUCCCUCGCGGUGAUCAGUGAAAGAGCGCAGAUCACGGGCUCGAAGCCCAUCGAAAUCGGCGAAAACACCAUUAUCCAUCCCCACGCCGCGAUUAGAUCGGCAGGCGGCAGUGUGACCAUUGGCGACAACUGUACCGUGUCAGAGACCGCGAUUGUAGGUAAUGAAGAGGGCGACGUGGUGAUAGGAGAUGGCGUGAAUAUCGAGACGGGCGCGAUCGUGCAGGCGAAGAGUGUAGGGGAUGGCAGCGUGAUAGACAUCAAAGCGACGGUAGGGAAGGGCGCUGUCAUUGGGAAGGUAGGCACGAUUGAGAGAGCUGUGUAGAAGACGGGAUUGACACGCUGUAGUAUUGCAACAUCGCGCCUCUUUGUGAGGUCAAGGACAACGAGGAGCUGCCAGACUACACGGUUGUGUACGGCGACAACCAGCGGCGCAUCAACACGACCGUCGCCAACAAUGCUGAAGUCCGCGAUGCGAAGGACAAGGGCCAGAUGAUGCAGAUUGAGCUCUUGAAGAAGCUGAUUCCCGACGCUCCGAAAUGGAGAUCUUGA